CCUAUCGCCGACCGGCGAUCCGAUAGCUAAAUUCCAGCUAUUGUGGAUUAGACAACGUUGCAAGCAUUCGUCGCCAUUUCUUGAUGUGUUGACUGCGUUUUGUCGUUCGUGUGUUUGAAGGAAUAUUAAAAGCAACAAAUUCUGGGUUUCUCAAGUCAAAUAACAUGCAGAAACUAGAAACGGCGAGUUCGGAAAAACUAACUAAGGAGAGUUCUCCUGUUUCAAAUGCUGUCUCUACGCCUUCCAUAUCUACACCCCAAAAUUCUGUCAAUGGUACUGCUGCCUCUGUGGGAAAUAACAGUGGAAGAGGAAAACGUGGAAGUGGUAGGGGUGGCAUAGGAAGAGGGGGACAAUCAGGGAGAAACAAUCAAGGAAAUGGGAAAAAUGGUAACAACGUUGGCCGGUUUCAGCGUAAUACAAAUCAAGUUGGUCAAAGCCAUGGUGAGAAAAAAUGGGAAGAUAAUUCACAUGGUAAUGGGCAUCAAAAACUGUCAGAGGAUCGCCAAUUACUAGAGAAACUUGCAUCACUGUCCAAUUCUACUGCUGAUCUACCAAUCAGAUCCUUUACAGAAACUAAAUUUUCAGGCCGCAGCCGUCUGUAUGUUGGAAACCUUGGAAAUGAUAUAGUGGAGCAGGAUUUAAAGGAACACUUUUCUGCAUAUGGAGAAAUUGCAGAAGUCUUCCUCAAUAAGGAAAAGGGAUUUGCUUUUGUCAGGCUGGAUUACCGUUCCAAUUCAGAAAAGGCAAAACGAGAAUUGGAUGGGAAAGUUUUGAAAGGUCGUACGUUGCGCGUUCGCUCUGCUCCACAUAGCGCCGCUAUUCGUGUGAAAAAUUUGUCUCCCUUCGUAACAAAUGAAUUAUUGGAAAAAGCCUUUUCCAUAUUCGGAGAUAUUGAAAGAGCUAUAGUGGUUGCUAAUGAGCGUGGACAAUCAACGAACGAAGGUGUUGUUGAAUUUGUGCGCAAACCAGGAGCCCAGGCUGCAAUUCGGCGUUGCACCGAUGGCUGUUUUUUCCUAACUUCGUCAUUACGUCCCGUUGUAGUAGAACCAAUGGAACAAUUAGACGAUGAAGAUGGAUUUUCAGAACGCGCAUUUGCUAAAAAAACUCCGGAGUUUACUAAAGAACGCGAAACGGGGCCAAGGUUUGCUGAACCUAAUAGCUUCCAGUUUACUUACGGUCAACGCUGGAAGCAAUUGUUGGAACUGUAUAAGCAAAAAAUGGAUGCUGUUGAGCGGGAAUUGAAAAUCGAAGAAGAUAAGUUGGUGUCCCAGAUGGAAUAUGCUCGAUAUGAACAUGAAACCGAACUGCUUCGUGAACAACUCAGACUACGUGAGCAGGAUCGCGAGAGACAAAAACGUGACUGGGAAUUGAAAGAACGCCAACACGAAGAAUCCAGGUUACGAGAGGAGGAAACUCUUCGUCGACAACAGGAUGAAAUGCAGCAUCGAUUGCGCCAGCAGGAAGACGAAAUGCGUCGGCGUCAACAAGAAAACAACAUGUUCAUGCAAGAGCAAAACACAGAUGGAACUCCUCCAGAUUUUCGUCGACCUCUCCAACCUCCCACAUUUGAUCGGCCAAUGAUGGGUGGUAAUGGACCUCAUAAUCUCAUGGAUCUGCAAAUGGAAAAUAAGCCGUUCCACAACUCCUUUGAACAGCGGCCUUUGGAGCCGCCACCGAUGUUUAACAACAUGCCCAUUGGGGGUCGUAUGGAUGGUCCCAACAACAACAUGGGAAACAUGCCACCCCGCGGGCCACCUCACGGAGUUUCUGCUCCGAGGUGGGGCCGACCCAACGAACGCGAUCGUGAGGAUUUUCUGGUAAAACGUCGCCGUUUCUGAGAGAUUGGUUAUACUAUACUCUCUGACUUACUUUCAGCCUAUUCUUGAAAGGCAUCAAAACAAAUCUCGUGCAAACCUUAAAAAAAAAAAAAAAAGACAAGAAAAAAAAACCACGAAAACAAACAUUUUUAAAAAUCAUUGUGUUCCUUUUUCUUUAUUUUUUUACGACAUUAAAUCUCUGCUUGAAUUAGUUCCGUUUCUCAGGUUAAAUCUGAGACAAGCUAUUGUCUUUUUCUUUUCUUUUUUCUCUCCCUCUCUCUUUCUCGUUUUCCCUCCUUUUUUUCUGUUUUUUUCUUUUUUUGUUUGAUUAUUGCCUUUUUGUAAGUCGUUCGACUCUUGGUGUUUUGAUUUCUUAAUUGUCCUCACUUAUAUCUGCCAUCCCAACCAAUCCAAACUAAUUUUUAAAACAUGACUUUGAUUGGUUUUGUUGGUAAAAUGUGUACUACACACAAAAUCGAUGACCUGUCGAAGAUCAUCUUUCUUGUGUGCUUCUUCUUUCAAAAAUAUAAAAAAAAAGAAAAAAAUCUUUUUACAAACAAAUUUUUACGCCAAUGGCAUAAAGGUGUUAUACGGGGGAUUGACAACUCAAAGACGAAAAUUACGACACUUAAAAUUUUUCCUCACCUAUGGUGAUUUCAUCAAGCGUACGAGAUUAAACCUCUUAUGAUUGAUAUUUCCAACAUCUUGUAACGGUUGCCAACCCCAUGGCUUCAUGUAUUAGACAUUUGUGUAUGACUAAUGUCUAUGCGCAGAAAUUGUUCUUUUUAGCAAAUAUCAGAAGCCCUUCUAAAAAAAUGUGUUUGCAAGUGGCUAAGCUGCUUUUAAAAAUCUUUUUGUCCUGCUCGUACUUUGGCUUCGACCAGAUAUCGCCACUCCUUGAUUUUAUACGUAGGUUACCUUGAUCACACCAUAGGAUUUAAAGCUUCACAGUGAAGAAAAGCACUGAAUGCUCAUGUCUUCCUCAAAUGACGUCAGUUGCACAUCAGCUUGCAGAUGAACUGUAUCCUAUUGGAAUGUCAUUUGAGGUUUUUUAAUUACUUCUAACCUGUUUAUCGGUCUCCGUUUUUUUUUUCUUCCCUUUUAUUUCACUCCCGCUUGUCAGUCUUUGGGCAUUUUUCUGUUUACUUCACACCCCUGAAUUUUGUGUUGGGGGUAGCUAUAUCCAUUUGUUGGCAUUGGAUGGAAAGACACUUCAGUGCUAAUCAAAGCACUUGAUGUGUGCUAGUGAAAAAAUGUUUUACUUAUUCAACGCCAUAAAAAAAAAAAAAUAGAAAUCUGGUCAUUUGAGACAUGUAAAAAUGUCAUCUUUUCAACAAAAAAAAAGUCUAAUUUAAGAUUCUGAAUUCUUGAGAGAUUGGCAUUUUCAAAACUGACUGAUUUUUGCAACAGUUGCCGACCCCAGAUGAUUGCCAUUACUUAUGUUGAACGCUAAAGUUUCUUGCAAGCCAUAAGACAGUAUUUGUUUCUCAAAUAAGGCGUUGUAUGGUGAACAUUAUCAUUCAUUCUCAGGAACGAAACUGGCUUCUUUCAGAAGGCUGGAGUUUUUUUUGCUUUGUUUUACCUAUGAUGUAGAAAAAAGAGCUGCACCUGGGUUCUCCAGUACAAAAUUUCCUGUACGUACAGAACGCAACUCGAUUUUGCUUAACGAACAAUUAAAAAAGGAAUAUGUUUUUCUUGCUGGAUUUUCUAUUUGCCCUGAUUUGAGGAAAAUGCUUGGAUCAGGUCCAUGCAGCAGGAUUUAAAAAAUGCAUAUUCCUCCUGCAGUUUUUGCCGCUGUUUUGAUUUAGCAGAAAUGUUUCAAAGCUUGUUGUUUGUCUGUGGAACUUUUUAAACAUUGAAUUUUCAGACAAUAUCUGACAUGGAAUCUAUUAACCUGUGAAA